UGCGAAGGUCAGCCCAGCAUAGGUUCAUUUUGCGCUAGUGUUGCAUAGCUGGGCCGUAGCCUAUAAAAACCGUCGCCAAUUCGUGUUUCCGGUGCGAUGGGCGGUUGCUUGGCCGCGUACGCCUUGCAUGCAUCUUCUUCGCCUUUAUGGCACCUGGAUGGGAGGGAUGUGCCUCCCUCAGCUUCCGUUACAUCGCGCGCUUUACGUGCGGUAGGGGGCACGUACCGCGCGGAUGAUCCCGAGGGGAGGCACUCCUGCUGCACUGUUGCUCGCAGCGGUCAAACAAGCUGGUGCUAACGCGGACGCCGUUUCGACUGCGAAGGCAUGGAACAUGUUACAGUCGCCUUCGGGGCCUUCGUAACAGGAUGCAUUCAUAUAUGAGCAGGUUUGGCAAAUGUUGGAACCAUCUUUCUUACUGUUGUGUUAUGUACUUAUUUGGGUGCAAUAGGAUGCAACGCCAAGCCUGGCAGGAUGGAAGUCAACAGGCGUCGCAGGCAUACCACAGGCGAGGCCUGGCGAGCGGCCUGACAGAUCCCUUCCUCAUAAGGAUGUCCAGUGCCCCCCACGGGCCUCUUACCACAAACCAGGUGGUGCGUGAAGAUACCGGCAAGUUUAUUUCCCAGCGUGAGAAGGAGCUCCUUGCUUUGGUCGAAGUCGCUCUGGCGCCUGAGGCGCUCAUUGCCGCCCACAGCGGCCUCUCACAGCUGCCGCCUGGUUCGGUUAUGACCGUGACUGCUCCAGGGAUGGACGAGCCGCUUCAAAUUCCGCUGGGGCGACGACCCAACUGCGACACCCGCAAGGUCACGGUGUGGGAGUGGACGGGGUUGGGCGAGGAUGAGGGCGCCGACGCGGCCUCGUGGUUUAGCCGCUACCUUGGUGUCCCCUGCCGCCUGGUGAGGUACCUGGGCAGUAGCACAGGCGGCAGCAGCACGGGUGGCAGCAGCACAGGCGGCAGCAGCACGGGCGGCAGCAGCACGGGCGGCGCUACGGAGCAGCCGAGGGCUCAGCAGCAGCAGCAGGCCGAAGCCGCAGCUGCGGGCAUUGUUGGCGCCAGCUCGCUGCCGUACAUGCGUACGACCGAGCCUGAAUAUGCCGUGGGCUAUGAAACGCGCUUUAGCGAUGGCUAUCCCAUGCUGCUGGUCACGCAGGCCGCCCUGGCCGCCCUGAACGCCAAGCUCGCGGAGCCGCUGCCCAUGAACCGCUUCCGCCCCAACAUAGAGGUGGCGGGAGCUGAUCCCUGGGCUGAGGACGGUUGGCGGGACAUGGAGGUGCAGUCCUCCUCCGCUCCUUUCCCCUCGGAUGGACCCACCCUGAGGCUCACCGCCGUGAAGCCCUGCUCCAGGUGCAAGGUGACCACCAUCAAUCAGGACACCGCCCGGGUGGGUGAUGAGCCGCUGGAGGCGCUGGGGACGUUCAGGUUAGAUCGUUCAUGGCUCAUGACGUCAUGA